CGAAAUCCAGCUGCGACUGCUAGGGGAGAAGAUGAUGCCCAGGUUCGGCUCCUUGGCCCGCCGGCUGAGGAGAGGCCCACACUGCACACGCGCAGACAGAGUACCCGCGUCAAAAGACGAGGAGAGCGUGCGCUCCCCACGUCCUGCCCGCCAGGCUGCCAGGCAUUCGUCUCAGCGGUGACUCCCGCCGGGCCAGGGCUGGCGCGCCCACGUCUGAACAGCGAUGCCCCGGGAGAUCAUCACCCUGCAACUGGGCCAGUGCGGCAACCAGAUUGGGUUCGAGUUCUGGAAACAGCUGUGCGCCGAGCAUGGUAUCAGCCCCGAGGGCAUCGUGGAGGAGUUCGCCACCGAAGGCACUGACCGCAAGGACGUCUUUUUCUACCAGGCUGACGAUGAGCAUUACAUCCCACGGGCAGUGCUGCUGGACCUGGAGCCCCGGGUGAUCCAUUCCAUCCUCAACUCUCCAUAUGCCAAGCUCUAUAACCCGGAGAACAUCUACCUCUCAGAACAUGGAGGAGGAGCUGGCAACAACUGGGCCAGGGGAUUCUCCCAGGGUGAGAAAAUCCAUGAAGACAUCUUUGAUAUCAUAGACCGAGAAGCAGAUGGAAGUGACAGUCUAGAGGGCUUUGUGCUGUGCCAUUCCAUUGCUGGAGGUACGGGUUCUGGCCUAGGCUCCUACCUUCUGGAGCGACUGAAUGACAGGUAUCCCAAGAAGCUGGUACAGACGUACUCAGUGUUCCCCAGUCAGGAUGAGAUGAGUGACGUGGUGGUCCAGCCCUACAACUCACUCCUCACACUUAAGAGGCUGACCCAGAAUGCAGACUGCGUGGUGGUGCUGGACAAUACAGCCCUUAAUCGGAUAGCCACAGACCGCCUCCACAUCCAGAACCCAUCCUUCUCCCAGAUCAACCAGCUGGUGUCCACCAUCAUGUCAGCCAGCACCACCACCCUGCGCUACCCCGGCUACAUGAACAACGACCUCAUCGGCCUCAUCGCCUCGCUCAUUCCCACACCACGGCUCCACUUCCUCAUGACUGGUUACACCCCCCUCACUACAGACCAGUCAGUGGCCAGUGUGAGGAAGACCACAGUCCUGGAUGUCAUGAGGCGGCUGCUGCAGCCCAAGAACGUGAUGGUGUCCACAGGCCGGGACCGCCAGACCAACCACUGCUACAUCGCCAUCCUCAACAUCAUCCAGGGAGAGGUGGACCCCACCCAGGUCCACAAGAGCUUGCAGAGGAUCCGUGAACGGAAGUUGGCCAACUUCAUCCCCUGGGGCCCAGCCAGCAUCCAGGUGGCCCUGUCGAGGAAGUCUCCCUACCUGCCCUCAGCCCACCGGGUCAGUGGGCUCAUGAUGGCCAACCACACCAGUAUCUCCUCACUCUUUGAAAGUUCCUGCCAGCAGUAUGACAAGCUAUGGAAACGGGGGGCCUUCCUGGAGCAGUUCCGCAAAGAGGAUAUCUUCAAGGACAAUUUUGAUGAGAUGGACAGGUCCAGGGAGGUUGUUCAGGAGCUCAUUGAUGAGUACCAUGCAGCCACACGGCCAGACUAUAUCUCCUGGGGCACCCAGGAGCAGUGAUUUUCCUCUUUGCUCUUCCCCACUGUACAGGAAGCACAGCCACCACCAUGACUGGUCCCUCUAAUCCAACUUUACCUUACUGGAUUCCUCUCCUCCCCAGAAACUGGCCCAACUUCCUCCCUUCCAUUCCUGACCCUUGAUAUGCUUGUUCAGUUCAAAUAAAGUUAUAAAGCUUGGAGAUGAA